CGACUGGCAACCGCGAUACGUUUCACGAAAGCGAUAGCCUCUUUACGUUGUAAAAUGUCGGGGUCGGUGGACGAGCCAGCGUCACCGAAAGCUGCGAUGCGCUUUGGCGCGUCGUACUGGAAGCAACAGCUCUUGGAGGCCAAAGAUAAACUCAAAGCGACCUUGACCGUACAUGGCCGAGAGCUCCAGACGAUCCAGCGCCACCGACGGUGCGACACAUCGAUGCGGCUACCGACCGCAAGCGCGCUCGAGGACGCGCGGUCUCUCGUGCUUCGGCGUCUCAUUGCACCAAGCCUGGCGCUCCAAGACGAGCUAUGGGUCGAGUCGUCCUUGCAUUCGGCGGUGCCAGCGCACGACGCUAUCGUGGACGACGUCUCACGCUAUCUCGUCGAUCGAAGCGACCGCCUGCGGACGCACCGCGCCAAUACACUCUCGCGGCUCUCGCGGACCCAUCGCGUUAUGUCCGAGCUCGUCGCCGCCCUUGACGCCGAGGCCAGCUCCAUCCAAGCCGACGAAGCUGCAACGACCUUGGCACUGGCGCGUCUCAACGACACAAAGGCAGCCGACGUCGACGAUCUUGGCCGGUACUUGAGCUUUCUCGAGGCCCAGCUCCGACACACAAAACUGACGGCGCGCUUUAUGACGCACCUCUCGUGGCUUGCGGAGAGCCACCGCCCGUCGCUGCUUCGACGCAUGCACGCUAUGGUGCAGUGCAGUGCUCCCGCGUCGCCAAGUCCCGAGAGCGACGAAGCUGGCAGUCGCGCGGACGCCCCGCCGAUCUUUCUUGUUUCGGCUGCGGCAGUUGACGUGGCCAUCAUCAACUUUUUGCGCAAACUGGGCUAUCACGAUGACCGCCCCGAGCUCGAGUCGGACGACGACCUCCUGCACGCGGUGCGGCAGCUCUUUCCGAUGCAUUUUGCCUCGCAUUGGACACCGUUCGUCGAUGACACGCGCCGCGUCACGCGUAUGCGCACGACGUGGUCGCUCGGGUCGCUUUUUCCAAUCGCGUCACACUGGGCGCGUCACGAGGUGAACACCCAUCCGCCCGACAUGCUGCUCGACGCCGAAGUGCACUUUGCACUUGUCCAAGAUGUCACGCGGGUGAUGGAGCGACUUGAAACGCUGGCGACGACGCAUCUCAAGCGGUCCCACGCCACGCUCGUCGACGCCGAUCUCGACCCGCCACCGAGCGACGCCAAGCUCAAGAGCUAUUACCUCCUGCGGCACCUCUAUGUACGCCACACCAAACACCGUUUUCUCGAGCUACUCAACGUCGCGUCCUCGAUCGAGCGCCAUAUCUGCCUCGACGCCGCCAGCACCGGGCGGGAUGCGUACGACGUCAUCUCCGAGCCGAAUUUGAUUGUUCACAGCACCGACGGCGGUGUUCUCUUGUACGACGCUGCAUGGGAGGAAGCGAUGGCGCUCGACCGCCACCUUGUCGCCAUGGGCAGUCGCUACGUGCGCAACGCGGAGCAAGAGAGUCGGACCGCGCCGAUCGUGGACCGUAGCAGCACCCUUGUUGACUUGUACGAUGCGGCCAUGUACUUUCUCGAAGCCAACGUUCGGUUGCUCUACGACGUCUUUACGCGCCUCUAUCUGCGCGUGACAUCGCCCGUCGCCCAAGCCACACUUCGCCAAACGCUUGUGACGUGGGUUCAUACGACCCCCCUUGUCGAUAAGGACGCCUCGUACUUUUGGGAUGCCUACUCGUUUCAGGUCGUCGUGCGGGACGUGCAGCGGCAGCUGCUGGUGGACAUGGAAGCGCGCCUUGUGCCGACGCUUGCAGUUGACGCGAUGGCGUUUUCACCGCUCGAGGCCAUCGUCGACGUGGUCCAAGCACUGCAGACGGCGUUGCUGGCAGUCGAGACACGCAUGCCGGCGUCUCGGGUGCUGCACAAGCUCGCGCUGGACCGCGCCGUCUUGGAACACGCUGUCGUGCUCUGGCACCGCGUUUUGGACGAAGACCACGGCUACACGAAUGCGUCGAGCUCGUUCUGGACUACGUCGCGCUACGUGCAGUACUACACCGACGACACGACGUCGUCGAUUGUCGCGGAAGCUGCGCGGGAUCUGUCGCGCCAAAGCGGUGGCGAUGCAGACACCACAAUCAAGUACAUCGGGCGCGCCGUGCGGUUUGUGCAGCGUCAAAUGGACCUGAGUCGGCUCGUCUAUGCGUCGGCGCACGUCGACGCCAUGUCGCGCGCGAGCUUGGUGCCUUUUGCACUCACACCAACAGCGGCGACCGAGUUGUACCUCGAGCACCCGGUCGCGGUUGAGGCGCUCGACUUCGCUUCGUGGCCGCGACUGCGGUGCAUCCUCGACUGGGUCCAAGUCCAAAUCAACGGCGACGCGCCCUUGGCGUGGCUCGCGGCGACUGUGGUCGCACAGCGCGCCGAGCUUGCGUUUCAAGGCGCGUGCCUCCGCUUCAAUCGGCUCGUGCUGGACCCGCUCGACGACUUUGAGAUGACGUACGAGGCGCUGUUUGAAGCGCACAUCGCCAAGCAGCUAAGGAAAGUGGAGCUCGACGCCAACCACCAGAGCUUUCUCAUGCACCUCGAGAGCGCAGUGGGGCGGCGGCUGCUAGCGGAAAAAGUCCGCGCGCGCGUCAACGACGAGCGCCACACACUGCGUCCACUCCUCGUCCAGCCCGAGACAAGGCGUUCGUGCAUUAUCGCCGAGCUCAACUCGGCGUACGCGAUCAAAGUCGAUACGAUGCAUGCAAGCGAGAGCUUGGAGACUCUCAUGCACGAUACCCUCCGGCUCUACAAUGCGCAGUUGCUCGAGGACGUGGCCAAUGAAACGCUUGUGACGCAGCUCUGCCACGUCAUAGCGAAUCUCGAUGUGAUUGGCCGCCGCGUGCAGGCACCGUGUGGCAACCCGUUCGUGCCACCACAAAUGGCGCCACUCGAGCGCUGGUUUCUCGACGAGCUGGUGCCGCUUGAAGACAAGUUGUCCAAACCGACCGAAACACUUUACGAGGCAAAAUGGAUACCAGGCGAUCUCUCGCAGCUCUUGCACUUGCCCCGCGCACAGCGCAUUCUGCAGUACUUUCAAACGACCGAGACGCUACUUCGCCCGACACUGUUGCUGUACCUUCGCUUUCAAGACAUUGUGCACUGCCUGUGCUUUCGCGCGGUUUUGCAUCGCCACGCCGUCGACGAUGUUUUUGGCAACGAAGUCCGCGAACUCGUGCACCAGCUGCAGCACCAGUGCGCGCCCGCCGAGCCGCUCGCCGUGGUCCUCGACUGGCUUCACGCCAAACGCGAGACGUCAGUCACAUGCGUAUGGCUCACGCUGCAAGCCCUCUUGCGCGACCCGAGUGUCGUCCCGCCGCUUCAGCAGGAAGGCGCGUGGGUUGUCGCGACGUACGGCAAGCGCAGCGCGAUGCCGGGUGUCACGUUGCUCCGCGGUCUCCCCGAUGCCGUCGUCCAGAACGCCCGCGUGCUCUUUAAACGCCUCGAGGCUCGCUGCGUCGAAAACAGCGCCGGGAAGGCGUAUCUGCAGAAAUUCGAAGCCUUCUUGGGGCUGCGCGCGAGCUACUUUGCGCAGCCGACGUCCGAGAGUGGCGAGGCCACAGUAGGUCUAUGGCGCGUGCUGACCACGGAAAUGGCCGCGGGCGAUGUCCCCAAGAAGCAGCUCAGUCGGCAGCAGCUCGAUUUGGACGUACCCGACGCCCGCAUUCUCGACCAGUAUAUGGACAACCUGCGCAACUACUUGGAGCUCUGCCUUGUCAACGCCGACAGGGCACAGUGCACGGCGAUGUUCCAUCAUCUUAUUGCAUCACCCUCGCCGCCGCAUGACACACAGCAUGCCACGUCGGUGCUCGUUUCGGACGUGUUGCGCAACAUCGCGGCCCCGAAUGCGGACGUCGAGGCGCUGCUGACGCGCUUUUGCAGUACUGUCCACACCGCCAGCCAACGGGACGCCGCUACUCGACUGCAGAGCGUCGAGCACGUCAACACGCAGCUGCGGCACGCCGUGCGCGUUUUGGAAGUCUCGCAGACCGACUUGAUCGCAAAGUUGGCGCGCGCAGCACACGAAACCGAGCACGACCGCACGACUGCCGUUGUGGACAAGUCGUAUGCGAUCGUAUUGGACUUGGAGCGCGCGCGGCACGAGCUCGGGCGGUUGGCCCACGAAGGUGACGUCCAGCGCGCCAACGUCACAGCGAGCGUCCGCGCCGAGUACGAAGCCAAGCUCCGCGACCUCUCGAGCGCGGUCAUUGCCAAGCACGCCAAGUUUGACGAGUACCGUGCGAGUGUGCAAGCGGACUUGCGCCAGCAGAUUCACGCGCAGCAAAAGGCCUCGAUCGAGUCCUUCAUUGCAUCCGGGGCAGUUCCGAUGCAAGACAAGAGCCACCUCGUGCGCGGUGUGCGCGCCAACGAAGAAAUCGAUCUCAUAAUGGACGAAAACACCAACUUGAAGCACGCGCUCGUCAAGGUGCGCGCCUUGUACGAGCUGCGGGAAGCGUCGCUCGUCGCGGGUCACGAGAAAGCGCUUGGCCUCUUGCACGCCCAGCUAGCGAAGGCCAAGGUGGCGCAGCAUGAAAAGACACGUCUCGAGGUGCAGCUCGAGGCAUCGCGGGCCGAGAUUGUGAGCUUGCGCAAGCAGCUCGCGGUCGUCGCGCUGCCCGGUUAUGCGACCCGCGCAUCGGCCUCGUCGACCGCCGAGCCAUUCGAGACGACGGCACCGACGACGGCACCGGCGUUCUCGGCGCUUUCGUCGUUUACGCAGCGACUGCGCACCCGCCGCAGCAGCGUGGUCGCUGGUCGAGCGGACGCGUCGGCCGUCAACCUUGUCGGCAGCCCGGCGAAAGACCCGACGCCACCGAGCAAGGACGACGGCACAAACAACGACGUCGACGCAGAGGACGACGACGACGAGAGCAGCGCUGGCGUCUCGGACUCGGAUGGCCCGGGAAUCGACGAGCCGGAGCCGAAACUCCAGGAAGAGAACGUGGCUGUCAUGCGAGCGCAUUACGAGCGGGCGACACACCACAUGCAGAUGGAGAUUCGCCGGCUCCAGGCCCAAGUCAAGGCCGAGAUGCGCCUCAAGGCGUCGGCGCUCGACCAGCUCACGCACGCCCGCGCGCACGCGCAGGACCUCGUGCAGACCGAGUUGCAGCGACUGAACGACGAGGCUGUCGCCGCCAACGCCAAGCACGCCGACGCAGUACGCGAGCUUACUGCGCUGCAAGAGCUCACGGCGCCGACACCCGAGCCGUUCCGCCACACGCGCAUCAACGCGAGCCGCCCGAAAUCGUCGAUGACGCGGGCGUUCCAGUCGCCGAUGAAGCCGAUGGCGCGCCCGCAGACGUCGGGGUACGCGCGGCCGGGGCCGUCGUCGCGACCUCUGCGCAGCAACCAGGCCACGGUCGAAGCCAUCAUGGACGCCCGACCCAAGUCGGCGUACUCGACCAAGGUCAAAGCAGUCAUCCAGCACGAGAUCGAAGGCGUCAACCAAGCGCUCAUGCCCCGUCUCCGACCGCUUUACCGAUAAUUCGUAGAGUAUAGGACAUAGUGUACAUCGGAAACGACAUAUUGUGAAAAAAC